AAAGUCAAGCAAGCCAACCCCCACAGUUUGUGUCUAACUUUAUAUAUUUCCGAUUUUCCAGAACCUCCAUUUACUAUCUCAAACAUUACUCUAUCAAACAGAUUCAACAACCAUGGAAAGUAACAUAUUCAAUCUGAUCAAGAUUUGUCCCAUAAUUAUCAUAUCCUUAACAUACUGUUAUUGGAUUCGUACGUUUAUCCAACCAGGAACAAAAAGACUCCUCUGUCUUCUUCCCAUAAUUUGUCUCAAUCUCUUCAUUCCUCUCACUUUUACCUCUGUACAUUUAACAGGUACCUUAGGAUUCUUCUUUGCUUGGCUUGCAAAUUUCAAACUUUUACUCUUAUCAUUCAACAAAGGUCCUUUAUCUUCCCAUUCAUCAAUCUCUCUUCCACGUUUUAUAGCUCUUUCUUGUCUUCCAAUUAAGAUCCAACAAAAUAGUAAAACUAAUAAAACCCCAAAUCCAGAUAUAAAAAAUGGAUCAAAAGGAUCCAAUUUUGAAACAAGACCCACUUCAAAAACACCAAAUAGUAACACCCCAUUUCUUCAAUAUGCCAUAAAGAUUAUUCUUUUGGGAAUUUUGGUUAAGAUUUAUGAUUACAGUGAAAAUAUUCACCCAAAAAUUAUAUUAAUUAUGUACUGUUUUCAUAUCUAUUUUAUGUUGGAGAUAAUCUUAGUAAUUUUUGCAACAAUGGCUAGAACAAUUUUGGGAUUAGAAUUAGAGCCACAGUUUAACAAUCCAAUUCUCUCAACAUCACUUCAAGAUUUCUGGGGAAGAAGAUGGAACCUAAUGGUCACAAGCAUCAUGAGACCAACAAUUUAUGAACCAACGUUAAAAGUAGCAAAGAAUCUCGUUGGUCUUAAGUGGGCCACACUAGUAGCUGUGUUUGGAACAUUUGUGGUUUCUGGUUUGAUGCAUGAGCUUAUAUUGUUUUAUUUAGGGAGAUUGGAACCAACGUUUAAGAUGUUUGGUUUUUUUGUUUUUCAUGGAGUUUGUUUGACGGUGGAGAUUGGUUUGAAGAAGGUUGUUACCGAUAGGUGGCAGUUGCCGAGGUUUGUGUCUGGGCCGUUGACAGUUGGAUUUUUCUUUGCAACUUGUUUUUGGUUGUUUCUUCCUGAGUUUAUAAGGUGUCGGGUUGAUGCUAUGACGUUUGAAGAGUAUGCUGCUUUAGGUGUGUUUGUCAGAAAUCUCACUUCUGCGUUAUGAUGAAAGUUAUUUUUUGUUGUUAUAACUUAUUAUAGAGAAUUCACUUUUUGUUUUUUCAUGUUUUACACUUUUACUAUCAUAAUUCUUGUUAGGAAAGAAAGAAUAUGUAAUCAUAGAUUUGUUAUCAAAUUUCUUGUAUUUUCUGUGUUUAAUUUUGCAAUAUUCUGAAAGUAUUUAUUGUAGUAAAAUCAUGCGACCAAACAGGGUCCGACCAAACAGUGUACUAACGUUAAAACUUAAAAGUAGCAUCUUCAGUGGGCCGGUGGGCCCCACUAGUAGCUGUGUUUGUCAGAAAUCUAACUUCUGUAAAAUGAAAGUUGUUUUUUGUUUGUUUAUUAGAAAUUAGAAAUGGAUUUUUUUUUUUUUGAAAUUUUUUAAAUUAAUUAGGAAUGGAUAUUAGU